AAAAAAACCCCCCUAUACUCCCAAAAUAUAGAAAAUGAUCAUAAGACACUAAUUCAUUUAAUGAAGUAAACAGGAUUUUCAUUUUAAAAAUAAAAUGAUGUAAGAAAGAUAAUGCAAGAGGAUGUAAGAUAAUGUAGGUGAUUUUUUUAUGAGUAUAGAUGCAAAAAUCCGAAUAAAAUCUUAGAAAACUGAAUAGAGAAAUAUUUUGAGUAACUGUUCAUGUAACUCCAGAAUUUCAAAGUUGAUGUAAUAGUUACAAAACACAUUACAUUAAUAAGAAAUAAUAAAAUCUUUUGUCACUAUAAUAUAUACCAAAAAGGCAUUUAAAAUACACUUUCUAUUUCAAAAAAACUAAAAGAAUUUUUUAAAAGGGCAUGUUAUAAAACCCAACAUAAUAUUUGAUGAAGAAGAGUCAUAUAACCCCAGAAUAUUAGAGCUGUAUGGGGCCUUAAAAGUUAUUAAAUUCUGGCCCCAUGUUUUACAGAUGAAAAAAACACAGCCAGGAAGAUGAAAUGACUUACCCAAGGUCACUGAGCUUGAUGGUAGGUCUUUUGACUACUAGUCUGGCUCUAUUACCUGUUAGUUUCCUUAUGCAUAGAAACAAGGGUGCCACCUUCAUUACUAGUCUUCAACAUAAUACUAAAGAGCUCUUAGAAAAGGAAAGGAUCUUGGAAGUAGCUGAAUCCAAUCCAUUUGCCCCUGCUUCUGCAUCUCAGAUGAGCCAUCAUCCAGUCAUUCAUCUGCUUCUGCUUCCGAUAUUUGGGGAAUCCUUUACUUAGGAGUGCUGAUCCUUUUGGAAAUCUCCACUUCUUGAAAGAUGGUUCUGUGUAAUGAACCAAAAUCUGCCUUUCUGGAUAAUCCUGGAAUUGUCACGCCAGUAGCUUCCAAGAUAGAAUGUGUGACGGUGUGCACAGGCCUCCGUUAAAGGGUAGGGAAGAAAAUUUCUAUGUAUGUUAGUUUUUUAUCUUAAAAAAAUUAGCUUUUGUGAGGCUGGGCGUGGUGGCUCACGCCUGUAAUCCCAGCACUUCGGGAGGCUGAGGCGGGUGGGUCACGAGGUCUGGAGAUUGAGACCGUCCUGGCUAACACAGUGAAACCCCGUCUCUACUAAAAAUACAAAAAAUUAGCUGGGCGUGGUGGCGGGCGCCUGUAGUCCCAGCUAUUCGGGAGGUGAGGCAGUAGAAUGGCAUGAACCCGGGAGGCGGAGCUUGCAGUGAGCUGAGAUCCUGCCACUGCACUCCAGCCUGGGUGACAGAGCGAGACUCUGUCUCAAAAAAAAAAAAAAAAGCUUUUGCCAAUAUUUAAAAUAUGACUUGAUGUGAGAGUCCUAAUUUCUUCUACGCAGUAUACAGAUAUAUAGCAUUCCUGUCAUUUAGCAGGGGUGAUAGUAAAACAAAAAAACAAAAAACCCCACAAAACCUGUGGUGAGGCACUGACCAAUCAGAAUGAUUGAUGGUCACAGUCUGGUCCAAAAUUAGCCCCCACACCAGACACCAUGGAGGAAAAGUGAGAAUAACUCAAUUUAAGUUGACGGUGGUUUGUUUUAUUGCAGUUUAUCUGUGUGUGAAUAGGUAGAUUUAAGGAUUGUUGGCCAGGUGUGGUGGCUCACGCCUGGAAUCCCAGCACUUUUAGGAGGCAGAGGCAGGCGGAUCACUUGAGAUCAGGAGUUCGAGACCAGCCUGGCCAACAUGGUGAAACCCUGUCUCUACUAAAAAUACAAAUUAGUCAGGCAUGGUAGUGCAUGCCUGUAAUUCCAGCUACUUGGGAGGCUGAGGCAGGAGAAUCGCUUGAACCGGGGAGGCAGAGGUUGCAGUGAGCCGAGAUUGCGCCAUUGCGCUCCAGCUUGGGCAACAAGAGCGAAACUCUGUCUCAAAAAAAAAAAAAAGGAUUGGCAAAUGAUUCUUGUAAGUAAACCAUAAAUUAAAGAUAACAAAACAAGCACAAGAGAAAAAUGAUACAGCCCUUUCCUUGACCUCUCACUAAUCUGCCCUUUUAAGAUAAAGAUAUCAUUUUAACUAUGAGAAGGUAACUGCUUUUCUAAAGGAGCUCAUUUUAUGAAGAGAAUAUUUUGAAAACUAAUAUUUAGGAGUGUUUUCACCAUUCUAUGAUUGCCCAAAAACUAAGUGAUACUUAUAAAAACACUAAGUUUUAUACAUAUACUAGUUGGAAAUAUUCCAAGCUGUAGAAAUAUUCCAACAAGGAUUAUUUCCAUGGGGUUAAUUUGUUAAAAAUAUAAAAGACACCACCUUUCUAUUAAUUUGUAACAACUAAUUGACAUCAGAGAAGAUGAAAAUUUACUAGCUGGAUAUCAACCACAUUUUUGUAUUAUUGGCAAUUGAGAUUGAAAAAUGAAUGAAAGAGUCUACUUCAUCCAUUUAGAUAUCCUUUCACUUGGAUCUCCCUGUUUCCUUACUGUGCUAAUGAAUAGAGAUGAUCGUUACAAGCUGGGCAUGGUGGCUUGCACCUGUAGUCCCAGCUACUGGGGAGGCUGAGGAGGGAGGAUGGCUUGAGGCCAGAGUUGAAGGAUCCAGAGAUGAUUGCGCAGUGAUGCUAAGCUUGGGCCACAGAGUUGAGACCCUGUCUCUAAAAAUUUUUUUUAAAUUUAAAUUAUAAAAAGAGAAAUGCUUGUUACAACCACAAAAGGAAACAAGAUAUACACAUAUAAUUGUGGAAGUAAAAAUAAAUAAUUUAAAAAUACUUUCAGGUGCUCACUUCGGCAGCACAUAUAUUACAGUUGGAACGAUAGAGAAGAUUUGCAUGGCCCCUGCGCAAGGAUGACAUGCAAAUUCGUGAAGUGUUCCAUAUUUAAAAAAACAAAAAAUACUUUUGGGCCUGGCACUGUGGCUCAUGCCUGUAAUCCAAACACUUUGGGAGGCUGAGGCGGGCGGAUUGCUUGAACCCAGGAGUUGGAGACCAGCCUGGACAACAUGGUGAAAUCCUGUCUCUAUAAAAAAAUACAAAAAUUAACCAGGUGUGGUGGUGCACGCCUGUAAUCCAAGGUACUUGGGAGGGAGGCUGAGGCGGGAGGAUCGCUUGAGGUGGGAGGAUCGCUUGAGCCGGGAGGUUGGGCCUGGGUAACAGAGACCGUCUCAAAAAAAUUUAAAAAUUAAAAAAAAAAACUUCCUGCAAGAUGAAGUGACAAUACCUAGAAAAUACAUGUGACUUGACCAAAAAUUACUAUAGGUGAAAAUAAAUUUAGCAAAGUUGCUUUCCUAAAUACAACCCAAAAUAGACUGGGAACAGCUACAUACUGUUAAUGGUUCCAUCUAUGUGACAUUCUAGAAAAGGCAGAACUAUAGGGAGGGAAAACAUCUGUGGUUGCCCAGGAGCUAGGGGUGGGAAUAGGGAAUUUACUACAAAGAGGCACGAAGAAACUUGUGGGCCAGAGCUAUUUUGGUCUCCGUUUUGGUGAUGUAUAUACGUUUGCCAGAGUUCACAGAACUGCACACUGAAGAAAGAUGGAUUUCACGGAAUGUGAAUUAUAUCUCAACAAACUUGACUUUAAAAAACAGAUCGAAAAAAGAUUCUAUUCCCAAAAAGGGGGAGGGGGGGACGAUCAUUAUAUAGGUGAGUGUUCAUUUAAAUCAGAGUACGAGAUGUAUCCGUGAAAAUCGCAGUGGAGCGAGCAAGGGGGAUGCUGAUACCGACCUCCUGGUUGGAAAGCCUGUAGAGCAGCGCGGGUGACAGUGGAACAGCGGGUCUGGCGGUGGGAGUCGGAGCGAGGGGCUGGAGCGGGAUGGGCGGGCGGAGCAAGCCUGCCAGCCUGGGCGGGGCCUCGGCACAGGAGCUGGCUGCGGGAGCCCGCCGUCCCGAGUCGCAGGCCGAGGAGACAUGGCUGCACCUCGUGACGCUGAGAUACAGAAGGACGUGCAGAUAUUAUGGCUGUGGUCUGGUGAUCCCUGAGCAUCUAGAAAACUGCUGGAUUUUGGAUCUGGGUAGUGGAAGUGGCAGAGAUUGCUAUGUACUUAGCCAGCUGGUUGGUGAAAAGGGACACGUGACUGGAAUAGACAUGACCAAAGGCCAGGUGGAAGUGGCUGAAAAGUAUCUUGACUAUCACAUGGAAAAAUAUGGCUUCCAGGCAUCUAAUGUGACUUUUAUUCAUGGCUACAUUGAAAAGUUGGGAGAAGCUGGAAUCAAGAAUGAGAGCCAUGAUAUUGUUGUAUCAAACUGUGUUAUUAACCUUGUGCCUGAUAAACAACAAGUGCUUCAAGAGGCAUAUCGGGUGCUGAAGCAUGGUGGGGAGUUAUAUUUCAGUGACGUCUAUACGAGCCUUGAACUGCCAGAAGAAAUCAGGACACACAAAGUUUUAUGGGGUGAGUGUCUGGGUGGUGCUUUAUACUGGAAGGAACUUGCUGUCCUUGCUCAAAAAAUUGGGUUCUGCCCUCCACGUUUGGUCACUGCCAAUCUCAUUACAAUUCAAAACAAGGAACUGGAAAGAGUUAUAGGUGACUGUCGUUUUGUUUCUGCAACAUUUCGCCUCUUCAAACACUCUAAGACAGGACCAACCAAGAGAUGCCAAGUUAUUUACAAUGAAGGAAUUAUAGGACAUGAAAAAGAACUAAUGUUUGAUGCCAAUUUUACAUUUAAGGAAGGUGAAAUUGUUGAAGCGGAUGAAGAAACAGCAGCUAUCUUGAAGAAUUCAAGAUUUGCUCAAGAUUUUCUGAUCAGACCAAUUGGAGAGAAGUUGCCAACAUCUGGAGGCUGUUCUGCUUUGGAGUUAAAGGAUAUAAUCACAGAUCCAUUUAAGCUUGCAGAAGAGUCUGACAGUAUGAAGUCCAGAUGUGUCCCUGAUGCUGCUGGAGGCUGCUGUGGCACAAAGAAAAGCUGCUAAAUCUAUAGCCAACCAGGGGACCACAGUAGUGGGCAAGAGUGAUCUGCAUGUUUUUUAACCUGCUUUUCCCCAUAGCACAGACCAUAAGAAACAACCAAUGGGGCCGGGCAUGGUGGCUCAUGCCUAUAAUCCCAGCACUUUGGGAGGCUGAGGCAGGCAGAUCACCUGAGGUCAGGAGUUUGAUACCAGCCUGGCCAACAUGGUGAAAUCCUGUCUCUACCAAAAAUACAAAAAAAAUUAGCUGGGCAUGGUGGUGCACACCUAUAGUCUCAGCUACUCGGGAGGCUGCGGCAGGAGAAUUGCUUGAACCCAGGAAGUAGAGGCUGCAGUGAGUCAGCAUCACGCCACUGUACUCCAGCCUGGGCAACAGAGCAAAACUCUGUCUCAAAAGCAAAAAAAAAAAAAAUAAAAAUAAAAAUAAAAAAGAAAGAAAGAAAAAGAAAACAACAAAUGGCAGAGAGCCACCAUAUUCCAAAUCACUGAAAAAAAUAAAUGAAUUAUUUUUAUUUAUUUAUUUAUUUUUUUGAGACGGAGUCUCGGUCUGUUGCCCAGGCUGAAGUGCAGUGGCCCCAUCUCGACUCACUGCAAGUUCCACCUCCUGGGUUCACGCCAUUCUCCUGCCUCAGCCUCCCAAGUAGCUGGGACUACAGGCGCCUACCACCAUGCCCGGCUAAUUUUUUGUAUUUUUAGUAGAGACGGGGUUUCACCAUGUUAGCCAGGAUGGUCUUGAUCUCCUGACCUCGUGACCCACCCGCCUCAGCCUCCCAAAGUGCUGGGAUUACAGGCAUGAGCCACCGCGCCCGGCCAUAAAUGAAUUAUUUUUAAGAGGCAUUGAUUAAAGAUUCACAGCAAAUAACUAGUUAAGCAGAUUUUUUUUCUAUUUCCUAAUUCAAAGUUCUGGUGCCACAUAGUGGUCAGAAAUGGAACAGAGACGCUGUCUUAAGCCUUGUUCAAGAAGCAGGAAAGGCAUCAGAAGAAAUAACAGUUGGCAGAGGGUCUCAGGAAAAACAUCUUCCUUCUGAUCUUUCGCAUAGCACCUUUUGGAAUUUUCAUCAUGUUUGCUUAUUAAACAAAGCUCCUACUGCCAUCAUACUAAUCAUGCAAAAAGAUUGCCAAAUCAUGUUUGGUAGGAGGACUUUUGAGGUAGCUUUUAAACAAAUGGUUUUUUUUCUUUUUUCUUUUUUUUUGCAAUAAAGAAAACAAAUUAAUCAUAAACAUCUUUGAAUCAAGUAUCUCGAGAAAACAAAUGAAUCAUAAGUAUCUCACCCUAAUGACUGAUGGCAUAGUGAUUAUUUAUUGUAAAUUAUCCUAACUGGGUCAGGAAUAGAGUUCAAUCGUUUUUUAAAAAGAGAGCUAAAAGAUGUAAAAAUGACCAGGCAUGGUGGUGUGUACCUGUAGUCCCAGCUACUGGAGAGGCUGAGGCAAGAGGAUCGCUUGAGCCCAGGAGUUCCAGGCUGCAGUGAGCUAUGAUUGCACCACUGCACUCCAGCUGGGUGACAGAGCAAGACCCUGUCUCUAAAAAACAAUAAAUAAAUAGGCUGGCUGCGAUGGCUCACGCCUGUAAUCCCAGCACCUCGGGAGGUCAAGGUGGGUGGAUCACUUGAGGUCAGGAGUUCGAGACCAGCCUGACCAACAUGGUGAGACCCCCAUCUCUACUAAAAAUUCAAAACUUAGCCGGGUGUGGUGGCAUGUGCAUGUAAUCCCAGCUACUCGAGAGGCUGAGGCACAAGAAUUGCUUGAAUCUGGGAGGUGGAAGUUGUAGUGAGCCAAGAUCGCACCACUGCACUCCAGCCUGAGUGACAGAGUGAGACUCUGUCAAAGAAAGAAAGAGAGAGAGAGAGGAAGGGAAGGAGAGAGGAAGGGAGGGGAGGGAGGAAAGAGAUGUAAAAAUGGUAGGUUUUCUUUUUCUUUAUAAGGUGUCCUGGUUAAACUUUUAGCAAAAUGAUAGAUUCAGUUUUUCCAUAGUUAAAGAAGAAUAUUAAGAACAUUAAAGAAAGGUUCAAGGAUGGUAAAUAACUUGAAUUCCAGCUGUACUUGAAGACUUUAUUGGAGGACACAGAAAGGUAUAAGUGAUGGUCAUUAUCAUCAGGAGCUGGAUAAUUCAGUUUUUAAAUAACAGCCUUCAGGCCGGGCGCGGUGGCUCACACCUGUAAUCCCAGCACUUUGGGUGGCUGAGGUGGGUGUAUUGCUUGAGCUCAGGAGUUCGAGACCAGCCUGGACAACACGGUGAAACCCUAUCGCUACUAAAAAUUCAAAAAAUUAGCUGGGUGUGGUGGUGCACGCCUGUAAUCCCAGCUACUCGAGGCUGAGGCACGAGAAUUGCUUGAACCCAGGGGAUGGAGGUUCCAGUGACCCGAGAUUGCGCCACUGCACUCCAGGCUGGGUAAUAGGGCGAGACUCUGUCUCAAAAACAAUAAAUGCAAAUAAAUAAAUAAAUAAAUAAAUAGCCUUCAACCAAUCAAGGGUUUUGAUAAGAUGUCAACCAGUUGCCCUGGGCUCAGUACAAAAACAACCAGGGGCAUGGCAUGGUCCAGGGGAUUUCGGACUAGAGGUUUGAGAAUUUUAAGGCAUGUAAAACAUUGGAAUGGAUUCCAUAGGAUAGACUUCUGUUUUAAGAAAGCUGUCUAAUAUGGAGAAAUUCUCAGAUUUUUGAGUAGGUUCAGCUAUAGAGCCUAACUUACUAUUACAGACAGAGGAAAGAACUAGGUAGUAUUUGUUUAAGCCCUAUUCACCUCCGUGACCUUAAUUUUAAACAUGCUUGCUUGGUUCUAGGGUGCCGUAUCUAUCUAGUCGUAACCUACUUUAAUGUGAAAAUGGUACAUUACAGCAUUAGCUACAAUGGUACAGCUGGAAUAAGCAUACUUUGCUCUUCAUGAGCACAAGAUGGCCCUGCUUGGGGGGAAUUGAUUGAAGGGUGUUCUGUUGGCUGGGUGUGGUGGCUCAUGCCUGUAAUCCCAGUACUUUGGGAGGCUGAGGCGAGUGGAUCACUUGAGGCCAGGAGUUCAAGACCAGCCUGGCCAACAUGGCAAAACUCUGUCUCUACUAAAAAUACAAAAAUUAGACAGGCAUGGUGGCCAAGGCCUAUAAUCUCAGCUACUCAGGUGGCUGAGGCACAAGACUCGGCUGAGCCUGGGAAGUGGAGGUUGCAGUGAGCCUGGGAAGUGGAGGUUGCAGUGAGCCGAGAUUACACCACUGCACUCCAACUUGGGUGGCAGAGCGAGACUCUGUCUCAGAAAAAAUAAAGGGGGGGGUGUUUUGUUUAUUUGGUUUAUUGGGCUUUUUGGCAUUUACAAGGAGAGGGUAUUAGCUUUUUACUUGUCCUUCUGAACUCUCAGUUCCCCAAAAAGAUGUUGAGUAAUGGAAUUGGGCUGGGCAACUUAGCAAGACCCCAUCUCUAAAAAAUAAAAAUUUUAUAUAUUUUUAUUUUUAUUUUUUUUCAAGACGGAGUCUUGCUCUGUCGCUCAGGCUGGAGUGCAGUGGCAUGAUCUUGGCUCACUGCAACCUCCGCCUCCCAGGUUCAAGUGAUUCUCCUGCCUCAAGGCCUCCCGAGUAGCUGAGAUUACAGGCACGCACCACCACACCUGGCUAAUUUUUGUAUUUUUAGUAGAGACGAGGUUUCACCAUGUUAGCCAGGGUGGUCUCAAACUCCUGACCUCAUGAUCCACCUGCCUUGGCCUCCUAAAGUUCUGGGAUUACAGGCAUGAGCCACUGUGCCCAGCCUAAAAAAUAAAAAAAAAUAAAAAAAAAAAAGAAUCAUGGAAGGCUGCAGAAACUUUUCAGCUUACCAACUCAGGGAGGCCCAGCAGUAGCCUCAACAGGCCCCCACCCCCACAUCCAGCCAUGCAUAGCUGAAAAGGGCAUGGCUUUGUGCCAAGACAGCCCCAGAGCCUGCUCCUCCUAUUUAUUCUUGGCCUUUACUUGGAUGGCUCCAGGGAAGCAGCUGAGGUAGUCACUCAUUCUGCCAUGUUAAGAUGGGAAUUGCAUUAAAUGAGUCUGGCAAGGUAUGGGAACUGUCUAUCCUUUCUUUCAUUCAUUCACUAAAUAGUAUUAUCUCCUGUGUACCAGGCACUGUCCUAGGCACUGGUUGCUAAAAUGGAAUAUUAUGAACUCCAUGGGCCAAGAGGACAAAAACUGCUGAGUGUAUUUUCUAAACUUUGUUGGUACCUGUCCUGACUUCUGUGAUUUGCCAAUUUUCUUCAACCACGCACCACAAUUUGGGUCCAAACAAAGGUUCUUCUGUAGGCCCUGCCCUGAGAGUCAGUAGAGGGAGAUCUCGCUAGGGUAAAAAUGAACUCUUUUUGAGGUUACAGUAAGCUAUGAUCAUGCUACUGCACUCCAACCUGGGUGACAGAGCAAGACCUUGUCUCUCAAAAAAAAAAAAAAAAUUCUUUUGCAAAUAUGAAGCUGAAAUUAUACAAUCCUAACAACAACCUAUGAUGAGCUUUACUGCUUCAUUCCAGUUUCUGUUCAACUGCUGACCCUGCAAUUCCUGAAAGCACAACUCCCACUGAGGUUAAUAGGAGUGUUAUGCGAAUGUAAGUUUUGUACUUAAUUUCCUCCUGCUGAGUGAGCCUUGCUUGUGUUGGACUCACAAUUGUAACAAUUCCUUUCCGCAAUGGGAACAUGGUGGCCCCACCUUCCAUGUGGCAGGGCCAUGCUGCAGUACAGUGCUCCAGGUGAGGGGGUAGAUCAAUUUAGAACCAAAAUAUUCUGCCUUAAUACUACUUCAUUGCCUCAUAUAGUAGCAUGAUGCCUCAUAAGCCAGAGAGAGUAAAAAUGUAGACUGGCCAGUCAGUGAUGUUCUAGGCACACUGUAAUCCAGACUUGGGUCUGAUAACUUUUUUUUUUUUUUUAGAAAUGGGGUCUUGCUAUCUUGUCUGGGCCAGACUUGAACUUCCGGGCUCAAGUGAUCCUCCCAUCUCAGCCUCCCAGGUAGCUGGGACUGCAGGCACAUGCCAGUGAGCUCAUCUCUAACUUUUAAACUAGGCCUAAAGCCACUAACCUUUUUCUCAUUGGUGGAGUGAAAAGUGAUGCAGGAGAAAGGAAGCAAGUAUUCUUUUAGAUCCGGCUCUGCCGCUGAACUAGUUAUUUGGCCAUAGGAACAUCAUUUGUCCACUUGGGGAUUCACUUUCUCCAUCUGUCAAGUGAAGGCAUUGAACUUGGAAGACUCUCAAGUUCUCUUCCGUAUGUAAAAACAGAUUUAUGGGUCCAGAUUCUGUAGAGGUCACAGUGUUUUUUCCAAUUUUUUACAAUCAGUUGCCCACAUUUAUAAAUCAGAAAAUUCUGUAUAAAAUAUGAAUUUGUGCUGGGUGCAGUGGCUCAUGCCUGUAAUCCCAACACUUCGGGAAGCCGAGAUGGGCGGAUCAGGAGUUCGAAACUAGCCUGGCCAACAUGGUGAAACCCAUCUCUACUAAAGAUACAAAAAUUAGCCAGGCGUGGUGGUGCAUGCCUGGAGUCUCAGCUACUCGGGAGGCUGAGGCAGGAGAAUCGCUUGAACCCAGGAGGCAGAGGUUGCAGUGACCUGAGAUCACACCAUUGCACUCCAGCCUGGGUGACAGAGCAAGACUCCGUCUCAAAAAAAAAAAAAACAAAAACAAAAAAACCACACACACAUAUAUAUAUAUAUAUAUGAAUGAAUUUGGGGCUUCUUGAAAAAUUGAAAAUGCUGGCAACAGCAGCCCUACAUUUCUGCAUAGUUGUGAUGGCCAUGGCUGAGUAAUGGGUUCCCCUUCAGACAGGGCAUGUCACUUUAGACAGUUUGCCACCAUCCCCACCUCAAGUCAACUUCACUCACCCCUGUAGGCCUUUGAGUUUGUGGCCCUUUUUUAAAUAUUAGAAUUAGUACAGUUUCAUCAAUGUUACAAGUGAGGUUUUUUUCUAUCAUACCUCAGAUGAUGGAAGUCAGUGACCUAAUCUAUGACACUAACAUAUAUUUAAUUCAUUACAAGCAGUAGCCAAGAAGGGCACAUGGAGCUUUGCAGGGAUGCUCACAGGAGGACACCAGAGAAUGCUAGAGCUGCUUAUGGUAAUGUGACCUACAACUCAGAGCCUAAUUGUGUCAGGUGAAGUGGCCUGGACAGUUUACUCUCUGUUCUCAGAGUUAACAAGCUCCCAUCACAUAACUUUCUUUGUGAAUAUUAAAUGAGCCUACGCUGGAAAGCAAAUGUCAAGUUGCCAGGGAGGAGAGGUUUGCACAGCAAGUGCAGAAUGAUUCGUGUGGCUUCUAGGCUUUGUAGUUAAUCUUUUAUUAACUGUCCUUAUUUUCUUUUUAAAAUUAACCUUAUUAUUCCUUUCAACUGGAUCUAACUAAGGAAAUGCUAUGAAGGAGGUAUUUUUAUUUUUGCUUUUAAAUAAUGUAGCAGGAGCCCAUGAAGCCAGUGCAACCCUUUAAAGAUGGUGAUUUCUCAUGGUUAUGAGGAAGAUUCAUUGGUUUGUGUGUGAUAAAAACCAGACAAAUACCCCACGUUGUUUCUUUACUAAACUCCCUUAUGCCUCCCUCACAAUGCUGAUUUUUCUAAUUUUACAGAAAACUGAGACUGAGUAUAUUCAAAUGGUCUAAAUGAUGGGAUCACUUUUUUUGUUUGUUUUUGAGACAGGGUCUUGUUCUGUCACCGAGGCUGGAGUGCAGUGGGGCGAUCUGGGCUUACUGCAACCUCUGCCUCUUGGGCUCAAGUGAUCCUCCCAUCUCAGCCUUCCGAGUAGCAGGGAGUACAGGCAUGCGCCACCAUCACAGAGCUAAUUUUUGUAUUUUUUGUGGAGAUAGGGUCUUCCUGUGGUGCGCAGGCUGGUCUGGAACUCUUGGGCUCAAGCGAUCCACCUGCCUCGGCCUCCCAAAGUGUGGGGAUUACAGGCAUGAGCUACCGUGCCUGGCCGGGAUCACAUUCUAAUAAAUGUUAGAACAAAGACCAGAACUUGUUCUGACUCCUAUACCAUUGUAUUAAAUGGUUUGUCCUUGUUUUCCUUUAGGGAAUUUUCCUAAAUUUAAGAAUAUAGCAACUAAAAAGGGAAAUGAUUACUAUAAAAGUAAGGAUAGUGGCCAGGGGUGCAGUGGCUCACACCUGUAAUCCCAGAACUUUGGGAGACUGAGGCAGGCAGAUCACUUGAGGUUAGGAGUUUGAGACUAGCCUGUCUAACAUGGCGAAACCCCAUCUCUACUAAAAAUACAAAAAUUAGCUGGGCGUGGUGGUGUGCAC